AUGACUGCAUCGGACUCCCCUACCCCUUUGAACUGGGACUUCACUCCAGUGCAUGACCUACUACGGUUGCCUAUUGAUGGCUGCACUGCGAGACCUAGUCGCCACAAUGAAUCUACAAUCCCCUCGCUUGGUGAACAACCAGCUAAGGGCGACCCCCGUUACACCACCAAUGGUAAGCUCGUGGAUCUUACAUCUAAGCAGAGUAACCCGAAGCUUGGUGACUUUGGUGCUCUUUGGGAGGUUUUCAACAGGGUCCCCGCUCCUGCAGGCGUCACACCAACUUUAGGGACCGCAAAGACCAUCAAGUCUGAGCUGGAGAAGAAGGCUCGGCAAUUGCUUGAAGAACUGCCUCCUACCUCAGCUGAAACACCGGCCAAGAAGCCAAAUCCCCGGGUCCUCGAGGACUCCGCCACUGGCUAUACUUCUCAUUCUUCUUCUCGCCCAAAAGCCCAGGCAACAGAUAUUCCUACUGAUUUUGAGGGUCAAUCAUUCACUAUCUUGAAGCGGCCAUCAGGUCAUCAGCCUUCUGGAACGAGUACCAAUGUGAAAUUUGGUAUUCCACGAACCCCGCCGGAGACGAUUGCUAGAGCCAGAGUUGGUGAUCUAAGUGAUACUCCCACGGCAAAACCCAAGUCUCGGUCUCGCAGAAGAUAUUCCCAGAAUAACACAUGCAACAAUCUAAUCACGUCGGAAGAAAGCGCUGGGCUUGAAUCGGACACAAGCAUUGUGUUCGAUCAUCCCGUUUCUGAGAAACCUGUGGCCAUCCGUUUUGUCCCAUCUCAUGUCGGCACGCCUGACGCGAAGACUCGCCGUUAUGAUACCCCGCCGUCAUCAUUUGAGGAUAAUGACUGGAUACUGAAUGCCGACACCAACCAAGAGCUUGGUUCUGGAAGUGCUCGUGUGCGGUCUACCUUGCGCAUAUCGGCCGCGGACCGAAGAACCACCUUGAUUACCAGACUCCUCGGCCACUUUCCCGCCUAUGCCAAAAUCGUGUCUCAAGUAGGGCAGAUUUCGCAACACCGUACCAUCGAGAGUAUUGAUUCGCUUCCCAUCCAUAUCUUUGUUGAUAUGUCAAACAUAAUGGUGGGAUUUCACGAUGCGGUGAAAACCUCGCGCAAUAUCCCUCUCUCCAGUCGAAUCCGUCGCGUUCACAUGUCCUUCGCAAACCUCUCAUUGAUCAUGGAACGCGGCCGCCAGACCGCCAAGAGAGUCUUGGUCGGCUCGGAUCGUCUUCCCUCGGUCGAAGAAGCCGAGAAACUCGGCUACGAAACCAGUAUCCUAGAGCGUGUGCACAAGGCGAAGACCGUCACCCCCCGUCGCAAUAACAAGUCCUGGAAAAACCAUGGCUCCAGUUCUCAGGGUGCAUCUAGCGGUCCUGAAAUGGUCGCCGCCUCUGGAGAGCGAUGGGUCGAGCAGGGUGUGGACGAAAUUCUGCACCUGAAGAUCUUGGAGAGCCUUUUGGACACGAAAGACCCAGCGACUAUUGUUUUGGCGACGGGGGAUGCGGCCGUGGCCGAGUUCUCUGGUGGAUUCAUGAAGAUGGUUGAGCGCGCGCUGCAGCGCGGCUGGAAUGUUGAACUUGUGAGCUUCUUGCAGGGAACAAGCUAUGCUUACCGAAGGAAGGAGUUUCGGACUCGGUGGGGAGAACGCUUCAAGCUGAUCGAGUUGGACCCUUAUGUGGAGGAACUAUUUGAGUGA